AUGUUCGAUAUUAAGGCUUGGGCCGAGUACAUCGUGGAGUGGGCUGCCAAGGACCCCUACGGCUUUCUCACAACCGUGAUCUUGGCUCUGACACCGCUGUUUGUCAUUAGUGCGGCGCUGUCAUGGAAGCUUGCAAAAAUGAUUGAGGCCCGGGAACGAGAGCUGAAGAAGAAACAGAAACGCCAGGAGAACAUUGCAAAGGCCAAACGAACAAAGAAGGAUUAAAUGAGCAAAAAUGGCCUUCCUUGUGUAAAGAAUUCACUUUUAAAAUGAAAUACUUGUACAUUUUGUGUUGCAACUGUCCUUUGAUAGUUGAUCCUUAUAUUUCUUGAAGUAUGAAGUUUAAUACUUCAGUGUAAUUUUUUCCUGCUGAUUUGUGUUAAAAUUUACCCAAGUGACACUUGUUAGAGUAAUUAAAUUUACUAUUUGUAUUCUAGUGCAGGUUGGUUUUCUAAAUUUGCAUGUUAAAUUAAAAAAUUAACCUCUUGGAUGGCUUUGGAGGUAGAUUAUUUUUUUCUAUUAGCUGAGCUAUAAUUUAACAAGUGUCUUAAAAUUAUCAAGUUUAGGGGAAAAUGAAUAAUAAACUGGAUUACAGAAAUGCAGUUUUUGGCAUACCUUGAGCAGGGCUGUAGAGACAAGCUAGCUGUAGCAUUUGAUAGCAGACAUGACUGAUUUCAUUUAAGGUCACUGCAUAUGGCUGUGUGUGCCCAUAGUGGCUGCUGCAGUGUCUCUGAUGGUGCUGCUUGUCUGCAGAAAUAACCUACAUUAGCUUUUCCUUUUUCCUGAACUACAAGCCAUCAACAGACUUUAACUUCAGCCCAAGUUCUAGGAGACCGAUUGCUUGUUCUUAUUAGCUUCAUUUCUUUUAAGGCACUCAUGUGCUAUAAAAUACAGUACUGUUGUUUGAUCUUCCCUAACAAUCACCUGAAUGCUCCACCUGUAACUGGUUUGUUUUUGCCUUCAUAAAUUCUUAAUGCUUCAAAGAAUAGCCAUAAGUUGGGUGACACCAAAGACCCAGUGGCCUAGUGUUCUGCUAUAGCAGAUGGCUGUGCAAGGGUGUUGCACAAGCUGGUGACAGUAGUUCUGGUGACAGUCACCACCUGGCUACCUUUGAUCUAAGACUUGAGUUUAGGUAAGAUUUUUUUCUCAUGGCCCUUGAAACUCUGCUGCCUUAUAGGUUGCAAGAUGCUGACAGAGUCAAAAAAGUCAGGUUUGUGUUGUAAAUACAUCAAAAUUAUUUAACCUUAUUUCCAAUUAAUCUCUUCUUAAUAGACUUAAUUUUUCAAAGCCUAAUUUUUUAAUAAUAGUCUGUGGUGACCUCUAUGUAGUCUAGUUCAAAAACGCUUGUAGCAGUCAUUAAUAUUCUACAUUUUGCAUCAGCACGGAGUUGUGCAUUCUAGCAGCUACUCUUUGAUCAGGUUUAAAAAUAAAACCUUAAAAUAAUACCAUUGUUCAAAUGAAGAGACCUAUAGAGCUGGCUGACACCAAGGGGGAUCAGAAGUGGGGAGUCUAACUGAAAUUACUUUUAAGUAAAUUUGAAGUUGAUCCCCUUUCAAUUUUGUUGGUGAAAGCAAGCAUUAUUAGAAUAUGACAUUUGGGCAUUUUAUAAAUAUGUGAGAUUAAGUCUCCGUGUUUUGUAUGAAGUGUUGUCAAAUAUGUAUGUGUUCUACCUUUGAUACCUACAUAGCUGGAAACACAGGGAGAAAAACUGAUGAGGGAUACACUCCGUAAAUAAAUUUGAUACUUUUUGAAAAAAAA